AUGGAUGAACACGAUCCUCAGAAUUACCGAGAAUACCCCAUUCGAUUUUACGGAUUAGCAGUGAUUGGCCUUUUGAAUAUUGCUUCGUCUCUUUCAUGGCUAUCAAUAGCACCUGUCCCUCAACAAGCUGCUGAAUUCUUUGGUGGCACGAGCUAUACCGUCAUAAAUUGGUUCUCCAAUGUUUUCAUGCUGUCGUAUCUUAUUGCUGGUCCGAUAUCCAGCAUAGUUUAUGAACGCUACAGUAUUAAAAUAGGCCUUGUGCUUGGUGCUGGUCUCCAAGUACUGGGAAGUUGGUUACGGUUUUUUUCGGUUUUUGUCGACGGUCCGAGCGGUAGAUUAGCUCUUGCAAUAGUUGGUCAGAUUAUUUGCGCAAUUGGACAACCGUUCAUAUUGAGCUCUUCAACCCCGUAUGCAGCAUUAUGGUUUUCAGCAGAUGGACGCGGUAGUGCGACUACUGUAUCAGGAUUGACAAAUGCUGUUGGCAUGGCUAUUGCCUCGGUGACAGGGCCGGCCUUUGUGACCAAUGAAUUUGAAAUCCGUUACAAUUUCCUAUUUGUUGCAUGCUUCACGACGGCAUUCGCUAUCCCAGCCAUAUUCAUUCCUCGUAAACCAAAAACACCUCCGUCGUACAGCGCUUCUAACAAAAAUGUACGCCAGAUACCAUUUUGGCAGAGCAUACGGAUGCUAUUCACAAAUUUCCAAUACAUCAUCAUCUGGCUCUCCUUUGGUGUCAUGUGUGGUCUGUUUUCAACAAUUUCCUCAUUGUUGGCUCAGAUUCUGCUGCCCUAUGGAAUCAGUGAAGAUGAUGCAGGUAUCGCUGCCGUAGCGUUGAUCAUUGCUGGUAUCGUGGGCGCUGUAGCAAGUGGUAUAUUCAUUGACAAGACCCAGAAGCACGUAUGGGUGCUCAAAUCUUUUGUACCUGUCGUUGGGUUCAUGUACCUUGCACUUCUUAUGGUUGUAAAACCGGAUAAUUAUGGAGCCAUUGUUGGUAUCUGUGCGAUCAUGGGGUUCUUUACAUUCUCAUUGCUGCCAGUUGCAUUGGAACUGAGUGUAGAAUGCUCUUACCCGGUGUCCGAGUCUAUUUCGAGUCCGUUGCUAUGGUUAUGCUCUCAGAUCCUUGCCUUUGUAUUCACUAUCUCCAUGGAUGCUCUGCGUGAUCCCGAUGGUGAUCCACCAGAAAACAUGCGACGAGCACUCAUCAUGGCGACAGGGUUUUCAAUGCCGAUGAUGGUGCUUGUUUUAUUCUACAACAGCAAGAGCAAGCGAUUGGCAACUGAAGAAGCGGCUACAGAUAAUAUGAAUCGCGAUAAUGGUUUCCGCAGUAGCUAG